AUGGACCCCAAUUGGGAAAAGAAAGAGAGGCAGGCCAAAGAACACCUGGCGAAGGACGGUGAUGAUGGAGCUGAAGGAGAUGGGUCUUUCCUGGGACGAAGCACAGGCCAAAGCACGAGACAGGGUUCAGCCUUAUGCCCCAACCGGGACAAAGAGGAUAAGUAA